UCGUAGCAUUGCUAUGGCGGGAGCUGCGCCUGGGAGGCGUGUAGUGUCGCCGCUCUCUGCUUUGCAUUUGUCGCCAGCUGCUCCAGAGGCCCUAUUCUGAAUGCAGCUGCGGUGGCUCAAUUACCAUGGGGCCUCGCUGCAGAAGCCGUGGGAGGGGCUGCUGGCUCCAGGACGCCGCGACAUUGAGGACGACAGCACGUCUCCCAUCCCAAACAGGAACGGCGCUGCUCAGGCCCUGCAACAAUGCAGUGAGACAAGUGCGAACAUGCGUCGGUGCAGAGUGGCCCUGUUCCUGCUGCUGGGCUAUGCACUGAUUGUCGAGUGGCUCGUGUACUUGGUGGCACCUUACUGGAACUGGCCCCACCUCCCGCUGACCGCUGGGAUCGGCACCAGGCUCCUGUUGGUGGCAGACCCACAGUUGCUGGGGCGUGUCAACACGGCACCUGGAUUGUUUGGCAUCAUUGAGCGCUGGGAUGCUGAUCGGUACAUCAGCAAAACAUUUGCCCUGGCCAAUGACUACUUCAAGCCACAUGUGGUCAUAUUUCUUGGAGACCUCUCUGAUGAGGGCGAGUUUGCCACUGAUGAUGACUUCCGGUCAUAUGUAGAGCGCUUCUUCAACAUCUUCACACACAUUGACUACAGACAGGUGCAGUAUGAGUAGAGCACAAGUAUUUUGUUUUAUUCAUACACAUUUUUAUGUCUUAUUAUUAUUUUUUCCAGGCAAUGUGACACAGGGG